UUGUUGGCCACCUCAGAUAACCUAGAUAGUGACAUUGACAUGGAAAGUAGUGAAAUCAGACGUUGAAGUUUAAACUUAAUUUUGUUUUUAUUCGUUGUAGUUACAAAAACUGUAUGGACGCUGUUUGAAGCCGUUAGUAAUAAAUUAAUUCAAUAAAAUGGUGAUCUUAAACUUUUUACUAAUUUUUGUUUUUAGUUUAGUAAGUGUAAAAGGAAUAAUGUUCCAUGCUGUUCCCAAUGGACAGAAGUGUUUGAGAGAAGAAAUUAGACAAAAUGUACUCAUUGUUGGAGAAAUUGAAGUUGAUCAAGUACCCAACCAAAAAGUAGAUUAUGUGGUAACGGAUUCCAAAGGCCACAUACUAGCCCAGCACCAUGAUGUCAGCAAGGCCAGAUUCUCAUUUGUUACAGAGAAUUAUGACACUUUUGAAAUUUGUUUUACCACCAAGGUUCCAAUCCAACAAACUUACAGUCCCCAAGAGAUCACAUUAAAUGUGAAGAGAGGAGUAGAAGCUAAGAACUACGAACUUAUUGGUGAAGCAGCUAAACUGAAGCCCAUGGAAGUGGAGUUAAAGAGAUUGGAAGAUUUAUCCACUUCUAUUGUUCAAGAUUUUGUGCUGAUGAGAAAACGGGAAGUUGAGAUGAGAGAUACUAAUGAGUCAACCAACAACCGAGUCCUCUACUUCAGCAUAUUCAGCAUGUGCUGCCUGCUGAGUCUCGCCACCUGGCAGGUGCUGUACCUCAGGCGAUUCUUCAAGGCAAAGAAACUCAUCGAAUAAACGCUCACAGUCCUCCAAACGCUUCUGUAAAUAGUCGUUUUGAGUCUCCAACGCCCUCAUCUUUCAUCUUUUACAUUAAUAUAGCAGUAGACAAUGUGAGAAUUUAUGUGUUCAGAUUUUGUAAAAGCGUGUGAAUGUGCAAUGAUGAAUUAUAAAAGAUUUACAGAGAA